CCCCAGCCCAUAGCAUCAAUGCGGGGAACACCGCUAACCGGACCGCGUCGUAGCAUGGACGGAACUGGCAAAUACCACAUCCUCCACCCGAUGCUACUUGGCCCGGCGCAUCAUAUGCCGAGAUACGUAUACGCGCUGCGGGUGUGAGGGAGAGGCAGACCGUCUUGUUAUUUUACCCGCCCACCCCCACCCCUCUUCGCUUCUGCGCGCCUUGGUCGGGCCUCACUCAGUUUUCUGGCUGUCGACGCUGCGUCUGUCCUCGGAGCAGAAAUCUCUUGGUGUCUGAGGUUAUAGCAACAGCAAGCUGCCAAGCCGCAGCAAACAUGCUCGCCUCGCUGCGUCGUCGCUCUCUACUGAGCGUGGCCCUCCUCGCGGCUGCGCUCUCGGGCGCCCACGCUUCCCUUCAGAUCGUGCCCGGCGGUACCUGGACCGCGGACAACGGCGAGCACGUGCAGGCGCACGGCGCGGGCGUGCUCAAGGUCGGCGACACGUGGUACAUGGUGGGCGAGGACAAGACGGGCGGCAGCGCCUUCCAGAACGUCAACUGCUACUCGAGCCGCGACCUCGUGCGCUGGCGGUACGAGGGCGCGCUGCUGUCGCGCACCGCCGCCGCCGGCGACCUCGGCCCGAACCGCGUCCUGGAGCGGCCAAAGGUCAUCUACAACGACCGCACGCGCAAGUACGUCAUGUGGAUGCACAUCGACAGCUCCGACUACAAGGACGCCAGGGCCGGCGUCGCCGUCGGGGACUCAGUCUGCGGGAAGUACACGUACCUGGGCAGCAGCAGGCCCCUUGGCUUCCAGAGCCGCGACAGCGGCCUUUUCAAGGACGACAACGGGACGGCCUACCUCCUCACCGAAGAUCGCGAAAAUGGCCUCCGCAUCAACCGCCUCACAGACGACUACCUCGCCGUCGCAGGCAGCAGCUCGACCUACCGCUGGAACGAGCGCAUCGAGUCCCCCGCCAUGGUCAAGCUGUCCGGGCGCUACUACAUGUUCGGCUCGCACCUGACGGGCUGGGACCCCAACGACAACGUCUACAGCACCGCGACGUCGGUCUCGGGCCCCUGGAGCGCAUGGAAGACAUUUGCCGACGUCGGCAGCAACACGUACGCGUCGCAGACCACCUUUGUCCUCCCCUACGGCGGCGCCGACGGCUCCACCAACGUCAUGUACCUGGGCGACCGCUGGGUCUCGUCCAACCUGCAGUCCAGCACCUACAUCUGGCUGCCGCUGCGCCUCGACGGCGCCGGCGGCGUCUCCAUGAAGAACAUGCCCGGGUCGUGGGUGCCCAACGCCGACGGCGCCGGCGCGUCGCCGUCGUGGGCCGCCGCGCCCGCCGAGACGGUCUACGAGGGCGAGGCGGGCCAGCUGGCGGGCGGGGCGCGGCAGGUGGCGUGCGGCGCCUGCUCGGGCGGCACGUCGGCCGGCUACCUGGGCGGCGACGGCGGCAGCAACAACGGCACCGUGACCUUCUCGGGCGUCCGCAGCAGCGGCCGCGACGCGCUGUCGACGGUGCGCAUCCGCUUCCUCAACGGCGACAGCAACCCGCGCUACGCCGGCGUGUCGGUCAACGGCGCCCCGCCCGUGCGCGUCGCCUUUGAGCCGACGAGGGGCGGCGUGUCGAGCAGCACGCUGCACGUGCAGCUGCGCGCCGGCAGCGGCAAUACCAUUGUUGUCGGCGGCGUCGGCGGCGGGCUGUGGGGGCCCGACGUCGACAGCAUCGUCGUGCCGAUGGAGUAGGGGAUGUGGGGUUAUUUGGCUAUGUAGUGACGAGUUUUUGGUGCCUCGGUGUGCUACAAACGAAAAUGGCGCCGCGAGUCUGUGUUGGCUGCGAGUAUCGGGUUUCUCUCCACCAAGCGCUCUUAUGGACCUUGGGAGGAAAAGGGCGGUUGCUUUAUCCUCGGAGUCAGCAGGCGGGCAAGGCAAAUCUACAGUUCAUCACAGAAUACAAUGGUGGUGAAAUUUAGGUUGAAUGCGCUAAGAACGGCUAUGAAUAAAUUGAGCCGCUACCAAGCCACGGGAGGCGACAGGGCGACAGGGUACACCCACGUCCCAGGCUAGGGUGGGUGCGUGCAGGAACAGGGGCGGGACAUGGCCUCACAUCCACGUGGGCAAACUGGUCACACAGCCCGGUGACACGCUAAUCGAGAUGGCUUUGCGCACAGCCGUCAGCCCCGUGGUUCAGAUGUAGAGAAAACAAAGAAGCCAUCGCAUUAUAUUAGCCACUAAAUGCACCUCUAUCUCAGCCAGUCUCUGACAUGUUUUAAUCAUCGCAAAAACCCUGUCCAUGG